AUGGAUUCUUUUGAAACUAUUACUAUCGCGUCGUCUCCUGGGUCUGAGACGACGAGCGUACCAGUCUCGCAUGAGAUCGGCGAUACCAGUCGAACGUUCUGUGUGAUCGCGCAGCGACCUUUCGUCAACUCGCAGACAGAGGUGGAGUCCGUCCCGGUCGACGCUGAGGUGUUCAGCACGAGCAGGACGUUCUGCGUUAUUGCGUAG